AGGAAUUCUCAAUUAUUAGGAAAUCUAUGACAAACGACUGUAACUGUAUUUGGUUAAAGGCUAAUAAUAGUAUAUGGAACAUUCGUAGAGCUCAGCUAAGAAACUCAGCAAUGAUUUGGAUAGCAACAGAAAUAUGAAACUCCAAUGCUUCAUUUAAGCUAAUAAUCUCAAACAUAUCUCUAUAAUAAUUGCAUUUAAUUUAUAAGCAUUCAUUGUAUCAUUAAGUGCAUAAAGAUUUUUUUAGCAAGAUAUUCAAGGUAUUUAAGAGCUCAGCCAAAAUCUUGCGACCAAAACAAGAAGUUCUUGAUGACUCCAACAACAACCAGAGUUAAACCCAACAGAGGUUUAUGACUGAAAGUCGCCUAGCUCAAGCCUGAAUCCCGCUAGUUCUCAUUGGAAUCACGACUUCAGAGGGGAAGUUCUCAUUCGUUGUAGAGAUGGAAGGAUUGAUUCAGAACGAAACCAAGUUUUCUCUUCGAGUCGAUAAAGAUAGCAAAGCGACUGAAUUUCGGUUAUUUUCGGCGGCACCGCCUCAUAUGCGAGCUUUCCAUCUUGCAUGGAUAUCUCUGUUCUCAUGUUUCUUUUCAACAUUUGCUAUUCCUCCUUUGAUUCCUGUGAUCCGUGACAAUCUGAACCUAACAGAUUCUGAUAUUGGGAAUGCUGGGAUUGCUUCAUUUUGUGGCUCAAUAGUCUCCCGGCUUCUUAUGGGUCCGGCUUGUGACCUUUUUGGACCUCGCCUUGCUUCAUCCGCGUUAUCAAUUCUAACUGCACCGAUUGUUUUCGCAACUUCUCUUGCUUCAUCACCUCGGGAUUUCAUCCUACUAAGAUUUCUCAUCGGAAAUUUUGUUUCGAAUCAGUUUUGGAUGAGUUCAAUGUUCUCUGGUAAUGUUGUUGGCCUCGCAAAUGGGUUCGCAGCCGGAUGGGCUAAUGUCGGAUCCGGUGCUACGCAACUUCUCAUGCCACUCAUUUACUCAUACAUUACUAGCUUAGGGGUUACAUCUUUUACAGCUUGGCGUGUGGCGUUCAUUUUACCCGCUUCGCUUCAAUUAGUGACGGCGUGCAUGGUAUUAUACAACGGUCAGGACUUGCCAAAUGGGAACUGCAACCAUUUCCGAAAAGUCGCAGAGGAAGAGGAUGCCUCACCCAAGGAUAGUUUCUUAAGAAUUCUUUGCCUGGGGCUGAAAAAUUAUAGAGGCUGGAUAUUGGCAUUGACAUAUGGCUUUUGCUUUGGGGUGGAACUAACGGUUGAUAAUAUCAUCGCGCAAUAUUUUUACGACAGAUUCAAUCUUAAGAUUCAGACUGCCGGUGCAAUUGCGGCAAGUUUUGGGUUGGCAAAUUUUCUGUCGAGACCAAUUGGAGGAGUAAUAUCUGAUGAAAUGGGCAGGAGGUAUGGCAUUAGGGGAAGAUUAUGGAGUUUGUGGGUAGUGCAAACAAUGGCUGGGAUACUAUGUGUUAUUCUUGGACGAGUUAACUCGCUGUCUGCUUCAUUUUUGGUGAUGUGUGGCUUCUCUUUGUUUGUUCAAGCUGCUUCUGGUCUGACAUUUGGUGUGGUUCCUUUCGUUUCUAAAAGGUCACUAGGAGUAAUUGCAGGAAUGACAGGAAGUGGUGGCACAAUAGGUGCAGUUGUGACACAAUUGUUACUCUUUUCAGGUUUCACUCCUUUCUCAAAGGAAACAGGAAUUUCCAUCAUGGGACUUAUGAUCAUAAAUUGUACUCUUCCCGUCACUUUGUUGCAUUUUCCGCAAUGGGGUAGAAUGUUUUGUGGUCCGUCAAUUGGUCAAUAGCCAAGAAGAUUACUACUCACUUGCACGAGGAGAUGCUGAAGCGGAGCGAUGAUCCUGCCUCCAUUUGUCAGAUAAUUGAUCAACAGUAGCAGAAUUCCUCAGGCAAAUGAUGUUGUACCAGUACAAUCAAUUGCCCUUCACAUAUAAAAAUCCAAUUUGAAUAAAUUUUCACUGUUUUUUCUGUGGAGAG